AUGUCCCAACCAGAACACUUUUUCUUUACCUCUGAAUCCGUUGGUGAAGGUCACCCAGACAAGAUCUGUGAUCAAGUUUCCGAUGCCAUUUUGGAUGCUUGUUUGGCCGUUGACCCAUUGUCAAAGGUUGCUUGUGAAACCGCUGCUAAAACCGGUAUGAUUAUGGUUUUCGGUGAAAUCACUACCAAGGCCCAAUUGGACUUCCAAAAGAUUGUCAGAGACACCAUCAAACACAUUGGUUACGACCACUCUGAAAAGGGUUUUGACUAUAAGACCUGUAACGUUUUGGUUGCCAUCGAACAACAAUCUCCUGAUAUCGCUCAAGGUUUGCACUACGAGAAGGCCUUGGAAGACUUGGGUGCUGGUGAUCAAGGUAUUAUGUUUGGUUAUGCUACUGAUGAAACCGAUGAAAAGUUACCCUUGACUUUGCUUUUGGCCCACAAGUUGAAUGCGGAAAUGGCUUCUGCUAGAAGAUCUGGUGCUUUGCCAUGGUUAAGACCUGAUACUAAGACUCAAGUUACCAUUGAAUACAAAAAGGAAGGUGGUGCUGUUGUUCCUCUUAGAGUUGAUACCGUUGUCGUUUCUGCUCAACACGCUGAUGAAAUCUCCACUGAAGAUUUGAGAACCGAAAUCACCAACCAUAUCAUUAAGAAGGUUGUUCCUGAACACUUGUUGGAUGCUAAGACUGUUUACCACAUUCAACCAUCUGGUAGAUUCGUUAUUGGUGGUCCUCAAGGUGAUGCUGGUUUAACCGGUAGAAAGAUCAUUGUUGACACUUAUGGUGGUUGGGGUGCUCACGGUGGUGGUGCUUUCUCAGGUAAGGACUUCUCCAAGGUUGAUAGAUCUGCUGCUUACGCUGCCAGAUGGGUUGCCAAGUCUUUGGUUAAUGCUGGUUUGGCCAGAAGAGCUUUGGUUCAAUUUUCUUAUGCCAUUGGGGUUGCUGAACCAUUGAGUAUCUACGUUGAUACUUAUGGUACUUCCAAGUACUCUUCUGAUGAAUUGGUUGCCAUUAUCCAAAAGAACUUUGACUUGAGACCUGGUGUCAUUGUCAAGGAAUUGGACUUGGCCAGACCAAUCUAUUUCAAGACUGCUUCUUACGGUCACUUCACCAACCAAGAAAACCCUUGGGAACAACCAAAGAAGUUGAAGUUCUAA